AUGCCAAUCAAACGCAAAGCUACGGAUAGCGGUCGGUCAAGUAGAGCGUCGAAACGGCCCACACCUGUGCCGGAUAUCGGUAGUAGUGAUGAAUACUCAGACUACGAGGAAGAAGUCAAGGAUGAUAACCUGAAAGGUGUCUUGGAGAAAUUCUCUCUCGAAUCUUUUAGCAACAAGAAGAGCGCCGCCGUACAGAGACAGGACCCCGAUUUCGGUUACAAGGACUUUUCCUCGCUAUCGUUGAAACCCGAUCAUGCGAACCGCCCGCUCUGGAUCGAUCCUCUUAAGGGAACUAUUACCUUGGAGAGUUUCUCCCCUCUGGCACCCCAGGCGCAGGACUUCCUGACUACUAUCGCCGAACCGCUGUCGCGUCCGACCCAUCUGCACGAAUACCGAUUGACAGGGAACAGUUUGUAUGCGGCUGUCUCGGUGGGUUUGCUGCCCCAGGAUAUCAUCAACUUUCUAGAUCGAUUGUCGAAAACGCCGCUUCCGGAUACCAUCAAGUCGUUCAUUCUCGACUUCACGAAAUCAUACGGAAAGAUCAAGGUCGUGCUGAAACAUAAUCGCUUCUUCGUGGAAAGUACCGAUCCGGCGAUGUUGCAGAUGCUGCUGCAGGAUGAAGUUAUUGGUUCUCAGCGAUUGAAAGGCACGGAGGGCAUUAUUCAGCAGGCAGCCCCGAAAAUGGGCGGCCUGGUCAUUCCGGGUACAAAGGAUGCAGCGGGUGUCAGGCAGGCUUCGGAGCAGAAGCCGGCGGAAGACGGUGCAGGCGAGGCUCGUAAAGAGGACGAUAUUCUGCUGGCUAUUCGCGACGACGAUGACGACGAGGAGGAAGUUCAAGUGCACAGUUUCGAAAUUCCCAACGAAGCAGUCGAACCCGUCAAGGCGCGCUGUCAGGCUAUGGGCUGUCCAGCAUUGGAGGAGUAUGAUUUCCGAAAUGAUGAGAUCAAUCCCACCUUGGAUAUCGACUUGAAGCCGGCAGCACGAAUUCGAAGCUACCAAGAAAAGAGUUUGAGUAAGAUGUUCGGUAACGGACGUGCGAAGAGUGGAAUUAUCGUCUUGCCUUGUGGUGCCGGAAAAACGUUGGUGGGUAUUACGGCGGGCUGCACGAUCAAGAAGGGGACAAUUGUCUUGUGUACCAGUUCAAUGUCUGUGGUGCAAUGGCGUAACGAGUUCUUGCGCUGGUCCAAUAUUGAUCCCGGUGAUAUUGCGGUUUUCACCUCAGAUAACAAGGAGAAAUUCCGUCGAUCGACUGGUAUCAUCGUGUCAACCUACUCCAUGGUGUCCCAGACGCGUGCUCGGUCGCAUGAUGCGCAGAAGAUGAUGGAUUGGAUUCAGUCACGAGAGUGGGGUCUGAUGAUUCUUGACGAGGUGCACGUCGUGCCUGCAUCGAUGUUCCGAAAGGUCACAUCGGCAAUCGCAUGUCAGAGUAAAUUGGGAUUGACGGCAACGCUGCUGCGAGAGGAUGACAAGAUCAAGGAUCUGAACUUCCUGAUUGGUCCCAAGUUGUACGAAGCCAACUGGAUGGAACUGGCCGAGCAAGGGCACAUUGCCAAGGUUCAGUGCGCCGAGGUAUGGUGUCCGAUGACGACCGAAUUCUACUCGGAGUACAUGAGAGAAAAGUCACGAAAGGCUGCUCUUCUAUACAUUAUGAACCCUCGGAAAUUCCAAGCAUGCCAGUUCCUGAUCGACUACCACGAGAAGCGAGGUGACAAGGUCAUUGUCUUUUCCGACAACGUUUACGCUCUUCAGCGGUAUGCACUCAAGCUGAACAAGGCCUAUAUCUACGGCGGUACUCCACAGAACGAGCGCAUGCGCAUUUUGGAGAAUUUCCAGCACAAUGAACAAGUCAAUACCAUCUUCCUCUCCAAGAUCGGAGACACGUCGCUCGAUCUGCCGGAAGCCACCUGUCUGAUCCAGAUCUCGUCGCAUUACGGUUCCCGUCGUCAGGAAGCCCAACGACUUGGUCGGAUUCUGCGAGCCAAGCGUCGAAACGACGAGGGAUUCAACGCCUUCUUCUACUCGCUUGUGUCGAAAGACACAGAUGAAAUGUUCUACUCUUCCAAGCGACAGGCUUUCCUUGUCGACCAGGGCUACGCGUUCAAGGUCAUUACUCACCUGCAAGGCAUCGAGAACCUGGAAGGGUUGGCGUACGCCACGCCCAGCGAACGCCGUGAGCUGCUGCAGGAGGUGAUGUUACAGAACGAGACUUCUGCCGAGGUAGAGCACGUCACGGACGAUCUCUUCUCAGGACGUUCGGGCGGCCAGCGAAAGGGAGCAGUCAAGCGCAGUGCCGCGACACUCAGCGGCCUGGCCGGCGGUGAAGACAUGGCGUAUAUCGAGUACAACAAGAGCCGGAACAAGCAGCUGAAGGACAAGGUGGGCCAUCACCCGCUGUUCCGGAAGCUGGAGCGGGAACGACUCAAGCGGAAGAAGGAGUUGGAGGAUUUCAUGCGGUAG